AUGCCUGCACAUCUAACCGAGUCUCCCGACCGAAAUGUCGCGGCUAUUGAGCCUUUAACAGGGAGUGAUAAUUAUGCAACUUGGAAGCAUCUUAUGACUUCCUACUUAAAGGCAAGACAAGUCUGGGAUGUCGUGUCCGGAGAUCUCCAACGCCCUAACUGCCUUUUUAAAUACGCAAAACCGAUUACGGCCGACAUUGUUCCACUGGUUGAUGAACGCCUUAUUGGAGCCCCAAGACAGAAGGCUAUCGAAGCUCGUCUAGAAGCUGAAGUCCAGGCUUUUGAGCGACAUCAGGAAUGGUCCAAACGUGAGGCUGAAGCCUAUCACACAAUCUUUCGAUAUCUUUCCGUCGAAAUCAGUGUUCAUGUUGCAGGGCUAGAAACAUCUCGAGAUCUCUGGAACGACCUUGAAGAGCGAUAUAGACGAAUGGAGCUAGCUACAUUCUGCGAACUUUUCGCCCAGCUCAAAGAAACGACUGGAUCUAGCUGCACUAGUAUACGUGAAUUCGUUGAUCGAGUCCGAUUGCUAGUACAUCGCUUAAAUGCGAUCAUGCCAGGGUCAAUUGGGGAUCACGCACACGUUGCAAUCCUCUUAACUCAGAUCGGACCGGAAUAUGCGCUGGUAGUUGAUGCCAUCCAAAAUGACAAGGAUCCGGCCAAUCCCGCCAUGAUUGGGAAUCGCCUUGCAAAUGCUGAACGGACAGUUUCAGCAAAGAAUUCUCCAACUCCUCCGCGCGGAGCACCGUCAGUUAACACAGUGAAGGCGUCUGUCAAGAAAUGCAAUUACUGCAAGAAACGAGGCCAUGAAGUCUCGAAAUGCUGGAAAAAGAACCCGCAUUUGCGCCCUAAGCGGGACAACGGUGUCAAAACAGAAAGGAGUGUUUCUGGCUCACCACAAAAUGAAUCACAUCAAGGCCAGGCAGAAGAACGGCAGGGCCCGCCGACUUCUUACAAGAGACCAAGGAUCAAUAUUGUGAGGGCGAGAGUGACGACUCUCUAUACCCACGCGCCGAAUCCCCGGUGGAUACUCGACUCUGCCGCUACUAGCCAUAUCUGUUGGGACCGGGACUGUUUUAGCAGUUUCCGAAUCCACCAUGAGAUGCUAGACACAGCGGGAGAUCCAGUUGAAGCUGAGGGCAUUGGCACCAUCAAGCUUACGCUCAGGGGGAAGAUCAACCGAACCCUGAUCCUCAAGAAUGUCUACUACGCUCCCCGAAUCGGGAUGAACUUGAUCAGCGUACCAAAGCUCUUGAGGGAUCGCUAUUCUAUGAUAGCGCACCCCCAGAACGUCUUUCUGCAACGCCGAGGGCGAACUAUAGGGGCUGCCUUCCAUACAGAAGAAGAUCUAUUGAUCUUGCGAUGCUAUGUGAGCAAGAGAUCCAGACCUCAGGUCCAACUGGCCAGGUCAUCAUCAUCUAAUAAUCAUGAUAAUUGUAUCGAAAUGGAUAUCGAUGAACCGCUAGAGUCAAGUGGUGCACCGAGCGCAGUGACCACCUCUGAACUCAACUGUGAUGCUCAGAUACUCGAUGAAGAUGCAAGCAGAGGAGUUGACCAGAUCCCUAAAGAAGCACUCUGGCAUGCUAGAUUAGGGCAUCUAAACAGAGGAGACCUAAGGACGGUCCUUUCUCAAACUGGCACUCCGUACCAACAACAGACAAGUGCAGAACUGCAGGCAACGCCACAGUGUCCGGCUUGUAUGUCGGAGAUGCCAGUCGGCAAAGAUGGCUCUAGGUACGUUAUCACCUUCACUGAUGACUUCUCUCGAGGCUCAUGGGCAUACGCCUUGAAACGAAAAUCCGAAGCGCUCCAGAAACUUCAACACUUUGAGGCCUGGGUCAAUCGGCAAUUUGAGCUUCAAAUCAAACGGUUCCUCUGUGAUAAUGGCAGAGAAUACCUCCCAAUUGGAGCCUACCUCGAACGCCAGGGGGUUGAGUUUGACACAUCUGCUCCAUACUGCAAAGGACAGAACGGGUUAGCCGAACGAACGAACCGUACUAUCCAGGAACGAAUCAAUACGCUCCUGUUUGAUGCGAGAUUACCUCCCUCCUGGUGGACUGAGAUUUUAGAGACAGUGCUCUAUCUCAAACUACGCGCUCCCGCGUCUAUCCUCAAGAAAAAGACGCCGUACGAAGCCAUAUAUGGCACAAUUCCCGAGCUAUCACACCUGCGUCGAAUUGGCUCCCGUGCAUGGGUUUUGAUUCCAAAAGCACAGAGAGAGAAAAUCGGACCAAGAUCAUCCGAAUGCCGGCUACUAGGCUAUUGCGAACCUAGUCAAUACAAGCUCUACGAAGUGCAUUCAGGCAGGACAGUCUUCUCUCGUGAUGUCGAGUUUGAUGAAAGAACGCCUGUGGCUCCGCUCAUUGAAGAAAGUGCUAGUCAUAACAUCUCUGCUAGUAGCUCUACGCCACAAGUUAUGCCUGAGCCGACAGCAUUUGAUCCAGAACCAGCACCGUUGACACCGCCACAUCCAUUAUCUCCCUCCAACGAGCCGCAGCAGCAAGAGUCUAACUUACCUGACCACUCAAACCAACACACCAAUGAGACUGGCCAGCCAGAAUCAACUCCACAGCCUGUCAACCCAGCUAUCAGUGAUGCCCAAGACAUACAUGACCUAGGGUAUUCACUCUACGGGCGAAAACGCAGACCAUCACGACGACUCUUAGAAUCUCUUGGUAAAGCCUAUAUUAUAACCUCGCCAAUGGGUUCCACAAAUGAUGACCCGCUUACAUUUCAAGAGGCCAUAUCCGGUCAGAAACAUCUUGAAUGGCGAACGGCUAUCCAAAGAGAAUACCAGUCUCUACUUGAUAACGGGACAUGGGAACUCAUUCGUCGAAAAGAUGUUCCCCCGGGACAACAGGUCAUUGGUUGCAAAUGGGUGUUUAAGACCAAAGCAAACAAGGUCCGAAAAGCACGACUAGUGAUCAAAGGCUAUCGCCAAAGACAUGGCAUUGACUAUCAUGACACAUUCGCAGCUGUCUCUCGCAUGGACUCUGUCCGCUGUAUCAUCGCAAGUGCUGUGCUGAAAGGCUGGAAGCUCCACCAGUUUGACGCGGUCACUGCCUUCCUACAUGGAGAUAUUGACACGGCUAUCUAUAUGGAGCUUCCGGAAGGCUUUGAGAAGGAGGGAUACGUCUGUCAACUACGUCGAUCCCUCUACGGCCUUAAGCAAGCACCUCGAAUUUGGUAUCGCUGCGUUCAACGGGUGCUACAAUCAAACGGUUUCACUAUGGCACAAUCCGAUAACUGUGUCUUCUACAAGGACAACUGUGUAGUCUGUGUGUAUGUGGAUGACUUCCUUGUGGCAGGCGCAACGACCCAUGAGAUCAAAAAUGUCCGACGAGCUCUUGAACGGGAAUUCAAAUUGAAUGACCUGGGAUCUCCGCGUUCAUUCCUUGGAAUCCAAUUCAACUUCAAUAUUGACGGAUCAGUCUCUAUUCAUCAGCAUCAGUACAUCCAGAAAGUGCUCUCUGACUUCUGUAUGGAGGACUGUCAACCAAAGAACACUCCUAUGAAUCCGAAAGCAAAAUUAAAUACACGGCCAGGUGAAGAAGACAUUGAUGAGAAUUCCAAAGACCGCUAUUGCUCUGCUGUUGGCGCGCUAAUGUAUCUGAUGGUCGGAACCCGACCAGAUAUUGCUUUUGCGCUUGGAACGUUAAGUCGAUUUACUUCCCGGCCGCAAUUGCAUCACCAAGCGGCAUUGCAACGACUCCUGCGUUAUCUCAAGGCGACUCAGUCAUACCAGAUCACUUACCAAGCGGGACAACUAAUCGGUUAUACUGACGCGGAUUUCGGUGGAUCUGUGGUUACUGACGGUGCUUACUCCACAUCCGGAUACAUAUUCAAGCUAGCAGGAGCACCAAUAUCCUGGUCAUCUAAAAGACAGGGGGAAAUCGCCACAUCUACCACUCACGCUGAAUAUAUUGGUCAAUAUAAUGCCAUCCUUCAUCUACAGUGGCUUCGGACAUUCCUUGCUGAAACCGAUCUCUUCCAAUCUCCAGUCACAAAUAUCAUGGCCGACAAUCAGUCUGCUAUCGCCCUAUCUCAUAAUCCUGAAUUUCACAAACGAACGAAACAUUUCAACGUGAAAUUUCACUAUCAACGAGAAGUCCUAAACGCUGGUGAAAUCGGUCUUCAGUACAUACCAACCAAUUCCCAGGCGGCUGAUGGGCUCACCAAGCCAUUAGGACCAAAGCCAUUCUUGAGGUUCUGCAACCUCAUCGGCAUACAGGCAGGAUAA